AUGGUGCGACGGCCCUGUAGUAAAAAAAUCUAUCUAUCUAUCUAUCUAUCUAUCUAUCUAUCUAUCUAUCUCAUUAUGUUCAUUAUCUAUCUAUCUAUCUAUCUAUCUAUGCUUGUUAUCCUUCUGAUUGGGUGGCCCUUUCCCCCCAACAGGCACCAUUCUACAUUCCCCUCCCCCACAGCAGACUCCAUUUUACAACCCUUUCCUCCACAGGCAUCAUUCUACAGCCUCAACCGCUACAGACACCAUUUUACAGCACCUCCCCCACAGACACCGUUCUACAGUCCCUUCUUCCACAGACACAAUUUUGAAACUCCUUUACCCUUACGGACAGUAUUCUACAGCCCCUUCCCACAACAGCCACCAUUCUGCUGUUCCCAAUCCCUUCCCCACAGCACACACUAUCUCACACUUAUUCUCCAUGCACCCCCCACUCUCUCUCUCUCUCUUUCUUUCUUUCUUUCUUUCUGUGUCUUUCUCAGAUACACACUUAUAGACAAAUGGCAAACCUAUAGCAAUGACACCCUUACACACACACAUACGCAUGCGCGAAUCUAUCUAUCUAUCUAUCUAUCUAUCUAUCUAUCUAUCUAUCUAUCUAUCUAUCUAUCUAUCUAUUAA